AUGCUCCUCGAGUUCGACAUCGUGGUACCAACGUAUCUUCAUGAGCUUGCGUCUCAGCUGACAUCGUGCGUCCAAGUCCGCCUCAAAGGUCAGCACUACGACUUUGACAUCCACCUGAACAAGAACUGGGAGAACUACAACACCCACAAGCUUCUGGGCUUCCUCGGCUCUGUGCUUGACGAGCUCAAUGACAAGAUCCAGCAUGCUCUUGGUGCCGGACAGGUGUUUGAGCGAGACGUCGCCGUCCACAUCAUCAGCCAGGGCAGAUCAAUCACCGUCAACCUCCAGUGUGUGCCAGUCCAGCUUCAGGCACAGAUCAAGCCCGCGACUCAAAGGCGACUUCCAGCGAUCAAGUUCGCGUCUUCGGAGUACGAGAACCAAUACGACAGCGACUCGUCGGACGAGGAGAUGCCACUUCUCGGAGAGUGCGAAACGAGCACUUCUUCAACCGGUGGCGCUGACCAAGUGGAAGGCUCCAUGAAGCCGUGCAAGCGGUCCAAGUUGCGCAAAGCAUUCCACAACAUGAAGGAAGAGGUUCGCGAUAUGAGGAACGCACUGAAGGGGGAAGUCGCAUGUGCAAAGAAGCAAGUGCAGCGCUGGGGUUUUGAAGGUCCGUACAGAGGUAGUCUAUACCCAGAUAGUACCACUUCGCUACACAAUUGCCACGCCAACUCGACAAACCUUCCCCCACCGACAAACAUCGGUUUCUCUUAUUACACAUCGCUGCAAAGGAGGCCGAAGCACUUGAUACCUGCCGCUGCAUUCCAAUCGUCUCCAUCUAAGAGCGUCAACAUGCGACUGCUCGUGAAGCCUUUCGCCGUGGAGCGACUUUCUUCUAUCCCCGAUAACCCACAAGAUGUCUUGGCCGAGGGUAGAUGGCGGCGUAUCUGCAGCAGACCUCUUGCUAACUGUGAGAAAGGCGACUCCCCGGCCGGGCAGAUCGAGACCGCUGCCGCAGCCAUCGAACCCAACGCCGCAACCCCUUCACCAUCCUCUUCGAGUCUUGCGGCGUCAUCACUCUUGCCAUCGUCCACAUCUGCGAUUCUCGCCUCCACGACGCCGAACCCACCGACCGCAUUGCCCCUAUCCACGAUACGCUUCUCUUCAACUGCACCGUCGGAACUGAUGACGAUGUCUUCUCCCACACCGACAGCAACAUCUUCGACUAUUGCGUCCUCAUCAACCUCUUCAACUGCUUCCACCACCACAUUCUCCUCGCCUCUGUCCUCCCUUUCAAGUAUCUCUGUCGCUUUUGGAGAGCUAUGCGACAUGGUUGACCGCCUCCACCGUCUUGCUGAGACGGAGCACCAACUCAAACUCGCUCGAAUUGAGAAGCUUCAUCAACGAGUACUGAAUAUUCCGGAGCUCUGUGCAUCGAUCCUUGAGUGCCACGACGAUGAGUACGAUCUGCACGAUACAGUGCAGGCCGCCGGUCCAUUCCUGGCGACGGUGAAGGGCUCGUCAACCCUUGGCAAGAUGUUGGGCUUUGAGUGCAAAGAUGUAGCCAACUACCCAGGCCUAGGCAUCAUGUUCUGGGACACAAUGAAUUGUGGCCACAUCCGCAACUACCACUGCGACUGCUCAUACCUUGCAUCAGUGGACUUCAUCGACCGAAACAACGCUUACUGA